CAGAGAGGUAUAUACAGGGCACGCUCGGCCGGCCACACACCCGCUCGCGCGCCAGCCAUGAGGCGGAGAAGAAACAAGUCGCAAUAAACUACCUCGAAGGAACCGAAAAAUUUCCCAAAGGCAUCACUUCCUUCUCCCUUCCAUUUCUCUGGCGCAUCUGCAGUGCCGUUUCUCUCUUUUGACUCUUUCCACGCAAUCUGUUUGCACUGCCUCUCGUUCUCGCAACAGAAAAGUUGGACUUCAGUUACAGCAUCUGCGACCUGCCUGACCGACACCAGCAUCUUGCGGCAGCAUCGCAUCUUUCCAGCAUCGAUACUUGCUCGCGGCACGCCCUUUGAGUCAAAGUACGAAUUUGGCUCACUGGCAGUUGGUACUGGAAACCCGCGCAGCCUGCCGUGCACUGCGUGUCUACACUAUCAGCUUGGUUACUUUACUUGACAUCGAUUCAUCGUCCGGCAGAUUCGUAUCAGUACGAUCAAUCCACGCGAGUUGACGACGACGAUCGGCAUAGCGGAGCUUUUAUACCGGAUCCGAUUCGACUCAGGUGCAGUCACUGUUCGUGUCCGGACUUACAAAUAUCUGCCCACAGCCAGCAUUCCGGUGUUCUGAAGAAAGAGGGGGCAACGAGUCUACUCGAUACGAUCAGUCGACCCGUUCAGAAACCAUGUUCAGUCAACGAACAAGUUCGCAAAAGCCCGCAGAUGAUCUGCUGGCGCACUUCAGGCAACAGUUCCCUGAAGUAGCCGCCGCCACUUCAUCCGGGGCCGCAGCACCUGCCCGAACCGCAACCACCAGUCAAGCUGGCAUCGCUGUCACAGCCGCAGAAAAAUACUUUAGGGCCCAAAGCCUUGGCCAUGACGCUUUUCGUGACCAGGACCCGACUCCCCGAGCCACAAACGAGCAGUGGAGAUUCACCCCGUCUGUGCUAGACGCGAACCAGUUCACCUUCUCGCAAUUCGCCGGCGGCCAUGGCUAUUAUACUCCUACUCCGGGUGGCACGAACACCAUCUACCAUCCCACGGCUGGAGAUCUCCAUACCCCGACGCUCGGCCUCGGAAUGGGCUUGGGCACGCCGCUGUCGAUGCCUACCGCUGACGGAUCUCUGCACCCGGGGCCAGCGCAUAUGGAAUUGGGUGGAUUCCACCAUAAUUUCCCCCCGUUCGCACACUUCAACGCUUUUAUCCAAGCUACGCCAAACCAGCCGUCCUUUGCGCCUUCGACUUUUCUUCACCAAGACUCGGGCUUUGAAACAAUGGACCAGGACGGCUCCCCCAUAGAUUCGGAUCCGGCUGAUGAAAGGAUGGGCAACAUCGACGGCAGCUUCCAACAGUCUCCCAUGAUGGGCUUCCAAGCUAGGCAAUUCGGCUUGCCCCUCCACAUGCAGCUACCGCCGUCAGCCGAAAGGUUCCGCUUUCACACAACGCUCAACGCACCCACUGCCAUGAUUAAGAACACGGACGAAAUCCCUGUCACCUACCUCAACAAGGGUCAGGCCUACUCUCUGUCCGUAGUCGAUACCGCGCCCACGCUACCCAUUGUUCCGGGGACUCGGUUUCGUACGUUUGUCAGGAUAUCGUUUGAGGAAGAAAAGCAGCGACAUAAGCCCGGCAUGUGCUGGAGUUUGUGGAAAGAAGGCCGCGGCACCAAUGAAGCACACCAGAGAGGAGGAAAACUGCAAGCCGUUGAAUUUGUCGAGGCUACCCAGCCAGCAGAGGGUGACGACAAGAGGACGCGCAUCGAGCUGGAGAGCGCUUCGUUUGACGGUUUCUCAGUCAUCUGGACCCCCGGUAUCAACGGUUCGGUCGAAUGCAAUAUCGCCGUCCGCUUCAACUUCCUCUCCACUGACUUCAGCCAUUCCAAGGGUGUCAAGGGUAUUCCUGUGAGGCUCUGCGCCAAGACUCAACCCUAUCUCCCGAAUUCCCCUCAGUCACCAAACACCAGCGACGGAGCCGAGAUUUGCUAUUGCAUGGUCAAGUUGUUCCGCGAUCACGGCGCUGAGCGCAAGCUGUCCAAUGACGUUGCCCACGUGCGAAAAAAUAUUGAGAAAAUAAAACAGCUGAUGCAGCAAGCCGAGAGUGGGAUCAAGGAUUUUGGCAAGAGGAAGAGAUCAGGGGUAGCGCAGAUGAAGACUCAAAGCAGCCAACGCGCUGGAAAGAUUCAAAAACACAAGCGGACGUGGUCCAUGUCAUCCGCUAGUUCCGCUGGAGGAAACCCUCGUGUGCAACUCGAAGAGGACCUCACCAUGAAGCUACAAAAUGCGCAGGACAUGUUUACCAGCACUCGUCCGGUAAGCGUCCUAUACCUCCGUGGUGACGAACUGGACGACCCCGACCUGCAUCCUGUUGCUCUUCCUAAAGAGUCCCUUGACCCUACCAAGCUGGAGUCCCAGGAAAGUAACGCUUGGCCUAGCGAGCGAGGCUCUGUUGCCGGAUCCUCUCUUGUUUCGCCAUCUCCAAGCUCGCUUUCGCUUGCUUCCCAGAUGUCCGUCAGCGGAUCGAAACCAAACUGGCCAGAGCUUUCCAGGUUCAACUCGAGCGAUGCUUCCAAGGGACUGUCCGGCCCGCCAAGUAGAGUUAAGAGGAUCACGGGUGAUAAUGGAAAUUUGACGGGCUGGAUUGAGUCCUUGGAUGUCGACGCGUCUUAUCGCCCUCCCCCAGAAAGGGCAAUCAAGCCCGUUGCUUGUUUUUAUGUGGCCCGUGCAGAUCCCGAAAACUCACAUGGCCCGGAAAUCUAUCGUGCGAUCUACCUGAUGCAACGAAGCCUGCACGAGUUCGUUACGCGUAUUGCGCAGAAAUGGAACCUGGACCCGAGCAGCAUCGUCCGUGUCACUCACUAUCUCCACCGCGGACUCGAGGUAGCAAUGGACGAUGACGUUAUCCAGGAGCUUCAGGAAGGCCAGGACAUGAAGCUCGAGAUCCGCGAAGUCAAUGGCAACAACAACUCUGGCGUUAAGCGAGAAUGGGAGAUGGCUGUCGAUGGCCCUGAGGCUGAGCUAGCAUCUCCAGCAACGACCAACAACAGCUCGCAGACAGCAUAUGAACUGCGACUGCUCUACUAAGAUAUGGAUUAUAAGCCCUUGGAAGGAAGCGUCAAACAUCUUCCAGGGUUUGUCUGUUCCACUGGGGGUCUUGCUUGUCACUGGACGACCAAUAACAACCAUUACAUAUGGUAUACGACUAUCACAUAGGAUACAAAUGACGUUAUGGGAAACAAGGCAAACAAACAUGGGAUUGACUUCUAUGGGUUCGGGAAUGACAGGUCUAUGCAAGGCUGGGGUCGGGUUUUGUCUGUCUGUUUGUCUUGUCUGGGUGGGGUUUUGGGGCGCCAACGACAAAGGAAAGCGGCAUGGGCACAUGCGUAGACACCAUGUCGGUGGGAAGGGUAUCUUGCUACGUUGCUGCUAUUUGGCGUUGAUACGUGAUGGUUUUUUUAUUCUUUUCCCUAUUCUCCUCUUUCCUUCCUGUUCGAGAUACCAUUAUACCUACGGGCACAGUUCCUCUUUCGCUUCCAUGUUCGCUUCUUCUUUUCUGUAUAACUAGCCUGGCAAGCAAACAGAGCCAGGGGUGACAGACUGACGGGGCUUACAGGGCGAAUUGAUAGAGCGGCCUGGGGAGCAGUUCAACACCCUUAGUACUUGUGUUUUUCAUUUCUUUGGGUAUUUCUAAACCAUUACCCUUCUUCCACCAUUGAACGGCGAAAUACACACUUCCUGAAUAUCUCGUAUUAUGAU